UAAACGUCUGUCUUCUGCUGUGAAGGAGUUGCAUCACAUCAAAACUCAUUGAUAUAUAUACACACAACAGAUACACUCACCCAACUCACCUCGCGUAUAUGUAUGACUCGCACUGCAAUCGCCUGCUUUAUCUUAUCUGAAAGUCCGGUAACCAGUUACUAUGGCCGUGAACGGCGCUGUUCCACAGUCACUGUCCAACAUGUCUUUCGGCCCACCAUCUUCAGUCAGCGAAGCCGAUGCUGACCACUCUUUCAUCGUUCUGGAUCGAAUGACAGCUGAUGACAAUGAGAAAAUAGUACAGGAACUGACGGCCUCCGUGUGUGCCUUCAAACUCGACACCAAUCUCGGGGACAAUGUCGCAUUCCCCAACCAUUUUGGCGAAAACCCGGUGUCUACACCCCCUGGCUCUGUCUCUUGUAAUGGCGAGCUCCUCUCUGACUCGUCGGAUGCCCUUCCAUCGGAAGUUAGGCACAGAAUGAAUUCUCUUAUUCAAGAAAAUAGCAAUCUUCAAGUUACAGUGAAUCAAACUAAUGUUGCUUUAAAACAACUGAUGAUGACCCUCGAACAAUGCAAAGGAGACAUGGAUCGAGUUCGCCAAGACCACAAGGAAAAGUUUCAGGAGACACGGGAUUUGGUUCUUAAGUUGAAAAAGGAGAAAGCUGAUAUGCGGAUAAUAAUUGAAGAACUUCAAGCUAAGAUAGAAGAACUGCAGCACCAACCUACACCUUCUUUGUUUGAGGCUGUUGAUAUGACAGUAAAUGAAUUUGAAUUUAAAAGCAAAAUAGAUGACUUGCAAUCUCAACUAAGUAUUGCUGAAGCUUCAAAUCAGGCUGAGAGAGAAAAGAGUGCUUUGUACCUUGAAGAGCUAAAUUCCUUAAAGCAACAUGUAAAUGUACUUGAAAACAAGUCAGCACAGUUUGAAGCUCUUCAGAAAGAGGUUGAAAAACAGAACGAUCUUCUGAGGGAACUGUCUAUUCUUGGCGAAGAGAACUUGCGGCUAAAAAAUGAUGUGAAAAACCUCAGUUCUGUGGAGAGGCAUUCUCAAGAAUACCAAUUUGCCCAAGCUAAAGGCUUUACUCAGCGGGUUGAUGAGUUGACAGCCAAGUUAAUGUGUACAGAAGAACAAUUGGCAAAGGCUAAGUCUGAAGUAGCUCAACUGAAAAGCUUUGAAAUAGUUCAAAUGAAAAGCUUGGAAAGUUCUUCAGGAUCACAUGAUGAAGCCCUUAACAAUGCAAGAGCUACAGUGGAUCGACUCCGUCUAAGAAUUGAUGAAAUGACAGCCAAAAUUGUUGAGCUUGACCAAAAGUGUGAGAACCAGGCUCAAGAAAUAUCCAGUUUACAGCAUGAGAAAGUUAGGCAAAGUGAAGCUGUUGGAAUUCUGCAAGCUCAGGUGGAAGUUUAUAGAUCAGAUUUUAUUGCUGAGAGAGAUUGCAGAGAGAGAUUAGCUGGAGAGAAGGAACAGCUUGCAGAGGAUUUGCGACGUUUGCACCGGCACAAUUUAGAGUUGAUGGAAUCGCGUAAUGUGAAUGCUGCGCAGGGAGGUGAAACUGUGAACAGAAAUGUCGAACUGCCUGCAGAAGAAACUCAGAACUCAUACAGAUGCCCAAUAUGUCAAAUUAUGACUUUCCGCACUCUUCAAGGUGUCAAUGAGCAUAUUGACCGUUGUUUGGGAGAUGCUAGUAUGUCCUGAAGGUAAUGCUAUUGUUAUGUAUAGUUGGGUUAAAGCUACCUUUUAUUCGUGUAUUAUAUGCUCAUGUGUACCUAAUUAAUGGUUGAUUUUGUUCAUUUCCUAGUUUAUCAACUAUUUCUAGACUGCUAAUUUAGGUAGCUUGUUCCUUUGUCAUUAAUUGGCAGAGUUGUGAUUUGAAUUGUUAUUUUUUUGUCUUUUUUCCCCCAAAUUGAGAUAUUUAAAUAUUAAGUUAAUUGUAUAUUUUUUUACCACAGGUGAUGUGGUACUGUAUUGGAGAUGGUUUCUUACAUUUAUUUAAAACAAAACCGAGAUUAUUGCAUAUUUCAUUACCUAUUAUUCAAUGAAAACUUGGAAUUUGAAUAGAAUGCAACAUAUUGUGUUGUGUUAUUGCAUGAUAUUGUGUUAUUUUCCGUGUGUUCAGCAAAGUCUCCUGUCGCAUGGACGCAGAAAGACUGUCUUUGCUCCCAAACCUUUUCACAAAAGUGGACAAACCCACAUCAAUUUUUUGCAUUGGAAAGAUCAACACUCUGUAAAAUUAUUGGAUCUUAGAACUAAAAUAGGGAGGUUUCCAAAGACAAUCUUGGUUUCCCAGGUGGCAUCGCUUGUCCUACUAUUAUUUUUAGUAUUAAAUAAAUUACUACAAACAAUCACUACAAA